AUGGCAAAUUUAUUCCAUGCUGCUAAAUCCCCUGACACGCAUGCAAACUAUGCAGUGUACCUCUGUGCCCAAACCUGCGAAUUGGUGUCUGAUCGGACUCAAUCCCUUGAGUUUGGAGCCCAGAAAAAGUUUGCCAGUGAGACGUUUACCGUCUCUGGCUCCAGCUCUUGGAUGAUCUGCAGAAUCGGGUCGAGACAAGACCGCGAGAAUUGUUUCCGGUACACGCUACCUCAAGCAUACCAUUCUCUCAGAUCCUUUUCCUCCAUUGGGCUGCAAUUUGUCUACCCAAAUUUACCACACGCUUUGCAUUCCACUUUUGAAUACAAUGCCAAAGGGCAUUAA